UCGACCGGUAGCACCACCUCCUAAUCGUACACAAUCCGAAGUCCAGUCUGCAACCUUCGAGUUUCCUUCAGACAAACAUCACCCUUCUAACAAGCACAAGGGCGUUGAAACGACGAGGGAAAACACUCACACCACAAUUCUGCAUCGACUCAUUCAUCCUCUCCGUUAGCCACCAAGCAAUGCAGCAAGCAGGACUAUAUACUAGGCUGCCCAUCCCCGUGUUACUGUUACUGACCAAGGACUGACCAACCGGACGGCCUCAGGACUAGUCAACCGAUAUACAACGAUACUCGGCGGCCGCGGCGGUCAGUAGUAAACCGACAUCGGCAGGACUAACAUGGCACAAGCGAAAAAGUGUUCAUUCGCGGAACGUGGAGUGUUGGGUGCUACGAGUGAAGUGUUUCAAUUUUAAACGAAAAGUUCCUAUUCAUGGCAGUUUUGCAUAAUAUCCAUUGAACAAUUUAGUGUAGACGAUAUUUCAAUUAGAGGAUAUUAAAAUUUGAAUAUUCUAGUGAAGAGCAAUGUGAAGCAGAUACUAAAUAUUUUGCUUGCGCGUUACUGAAUAACGAAACUGUUUCAACGAACAGAAAUACCAACGGAGAGGAGGGAAAAAGUUUCCACAGAAAAAAAACAAUGCAAAUGGAUAUUCCAGAAACGGGAGCCGUGUUUACACUGGGAAAAUCAUAUUUGACCAGUGAUAGCGGAACGGUUCGGCGACACAGACCAGAGCCGGUUCCACCGGACCACGAUGAGCAACAGAAACGACCGAGCAGUUCAUCAACUGCUUCUUCCGCCGGUGGUGGUGGUGGCGCUACCUUGAUGAUAACUUCAAAUCCGGCCACAGAAACCACCACGGACACACAACGAAACGAACUGAGUCCAGUAAAGGCAGCCGCAGGGCGGCAACAGAGUUAUUUUUUCAUCAAAAAUGAUCCGGUGGCUAAAAUUGUGUGCGGAAGCAAACAAAGUGGAGUUGUUUGCGAGUCUGGUCGUCUGUUCGUUUGGGGUCGCAAUCAUCUGGGCCAGCUGGGGAUAGGUUCGACCGAGGACUGCCACAAACCGUCCUGUGUUCGUACCCUGAAGAAACUCGGACAGCGUGUCACUGAUGCACAGUUUGGAGGAAACGGGUUCAGUUUGAUUCUCACAGCGGACAGCAAGAUCUUCUACAGUGGCAAAAACGUGUUUCCCUUCAAUGCGAAAAUUCAAUCUCUUCUGGAAGCAGAUUCGCUUCACAAACGCAACCUGGAUGGAAGCGAGUACACCAACAUUCCGGUGGAGUUGAAAGAGUUUACCGAGUGUUUGGAAAAGGAAGAUGAAUUCAUCGUCAACAUUUCCGCCGGGUUUUGCCACUUUAUUGCUCGGACCAGUGCUGGCAAUUGUUUCGGUUGGGGUUACAACAGUCACCAGCAGUUGGGAGGAGUUGACUCACUGAAAAUACUUACCAAACCCGACCGUCUGGGAGUGGAAGAACGAAUCGCUCUUGUGGAGUGUGGCAAUUAUUGCACUCUAAUGGUAUCCCAAACAAACCGAAUCUACCUGAGUGGGAAAUUUCAAAAAAUAUGCAUCCCAGUCAUCAAAGAACUUUCCCACAUUGAACUAACCGCAAAGAUUGUGUCGCUUAAAAUCACCAACACCGACACAAUUUACCUUCUGUUAAAGAACAACCAAAUCUACAAAAGUAACCGGGUGCAGAAAGUCGAAGAUUUGCAAUUCGCUCGUCUGGAACUGCUGGAUCAGCUACUGCGAGCGGGUGAAUACCCGACACGGAUCGCUCCGGCUAACAAUUUUACCUCAUUCGUCACCAACAAAGGUCGCUUGCUGACCACGUACGAUGACGAUAGUCCGUUUACACCGUCCGAUCACUUUAGGGAGCUCAGAAAGUUCAAAGACUUCACCGUUGUUAACGCAACCAGCGGUUUGCAGCAUUCACUGAUUCUUGCGUUUCCCAAGAAAGCUUGUUCACCUGCGAUCGAAGUAGAUUUUAUCGAAGCCGUAGAAACCAUUGAAGCUGCCAUCAAAAGUGAGGAGGAAAGACUCCGCAACGGGACACCGAUGCCGGUUAUGACCAAACUAUCAGCCGAUCUGAGCCUUGAGUUCAUUCGGCAGGAAAAACGACGCCUGCGACAGGAACGGAUCGUUCGAGAGCUCUCCAAGGACGAGUGCAUUCAGAUCGAAACGGAUGAGAAUAAUGUUCGAUUCAUCGACAACGGAGUGGAUAUGACACAACUGGUCGUGACCGCGGAGGAAAUCUACAAUCAAAACGGAGACAAUGUUUGUGAGCAAAUGAAGAACGAAAAAAAUCAUCUCAUAGAUAGCAAUUUCCUUACAUGCGAACAACCCAUACAAAAUGGGUUUCUGGCUGCUAAAACACCUACGCCGAACAUCAGCCAGUUAAUUGAUUACAGUGACAAUGCAAGCAUAUCCUCGCAAUCAACUUUCGACGACGACGAGGAUGACUACAACAACACUACGGAACCUAAGGAGGAAGCUUAUACACCUAAAAUUACAAAUGACUCCAAUAAUAAUAAUAAUAAUCAAGACGAAACGCGAAAACUGAGUUUAGGAAGUAAACUAGAUGGAAGCCUAGCAAGCGAAAAAUCUAAGGAGAAAAUGAAAAAGUUUCUAAGGGACUUGAAAUCGAAAAGCAUGGAUGUUAGUUGUCGUAACCCUGGAACGGUUCUAAAUGAUGAUUCCACGUACACGAAAACUGGUAUCCAGUCACAAAAUGGAAAACGACCACUGAAAGUGUGCAGUUUGAUGUAAAAUUUUUUGAAACAUUUGAAGCAAAAAUGUGCAUAAAAUUGUAAAAUUAAAUAAAAUCGUACGUUUAUCGUUUUGUUUACAAAUCCAAAA